AUGACAGAUGAAAGCAAUAUUGUGAAAUCAGCCAUUGAAUCGGAUAUUGAAGAGGAUGAUAAUGAUGAUGUAGACAAUAGAAGUAAUGCUACAACUACGGAUGAUGAAUUUUAUAAUGAACUUAUGGAUGCCCCACCCGAAAGGGAAGAUCAUUUAAUGCCCGAUGGAUGUAGUGAUGAAAUAAUUGCUAUUGAACAUUUAACAUCGUGUCUUAAUCGUCGAUAUAAUUCAUGUCCAGUCGUUUUUACCGGUACACUUAAAGACGCUUUAAUAGAAGCUUUUAAUUCCAAAGAAAUUAAAGAACGACGACCACUUCUUAUCUAUGUGAAUAAUGAUAAAAGUCUUUAUUCAAAUGUAUUUUGUAAACAAUUAUUAUGUCAUGAUAAAAUUAUUGACUAUUUAGUAAAUAAUUAUGUUCUUUGGACAUGGGAUGUUACAUUUGAAUCAAAUGGAGAAAAGUAA